GGCCUCGCCCCCGCCAUGGCUCAGGAGAAAAUGGAGCUGGACCUGGAGGUGCCGAGCGGCUCGUCCGCGGCCCCCGCCGACGGCGGCAGCGGCCUCCGGAGAUCCAACAGCGCCCCGCUCAUCCACGGCCUCAGUGAUAAUUCACAGGUUUUUCAACCCUAUGUAUUAAGAACCCGGAGGAACAGCACAACAGUUAUGAACCGUCACAGCCUGUUGCUGUCAUCCUCUCCUAUCCGUAUUCCUAGUAGCAGACUUCAUCAAAUCAAAAGAGAGGAAGGGGUGGACUUGAUGAACAGAGAAACAGCACAUGAAAGGGAAGUGCAAACAGCAAUGCAGAUUAGUCAGUCAUGGGAGGAGAGCCUAAGUCUGAGUGAUAAUGACUUUGACAAAUCUGAUAAAUCUUCAUCGCCGAAACGAAUUGACUUCAUUCCAGUCUCUCCAGCCCCAUCACCCACCAGAGGCAUAGGAAAGCAAUGUUUUUCACCUUCCUUACAAAUGUUUGUGAGUAGCAAUGGGUUACCUCCAAGUCCUAUCCCCAGUCCGACAAGACGAUUUUCUAACAGAAGAAGUCAGAGUCCAAUCAACUGCAUUAGACCCAGUGUUCUUGGUCCUCUUAAAAGAAAAGGUGAAAUGGAUACAGAAAGUCAGCCAAAGAGACUUUUCCAAGGCACUACCACCAUGCUAUCUCCUGAUAUUACACAUUUGACAGAUCUCAGCUCAUGUCUGUCUUCAGAUAUUUUGGAUGGCAGUAGCAGCAGUGUUGGCUCAUCGUCUGAUUCACUGGCUAAAGGGAGCAACACCACAGACUCUCCAGUAACAUGUACCAACUCAUGCUCUUCAUUCAUCUUGAUGGAUGAUCUCUCACCCAAGUGACUUAACCAUUUCUGAGUAGCGAUUUGGCUGUGCUGUUUUCCUCACUAUAUAUAACUGAGAGAAAACUGAGAACCACGAUCCUUAAUGAGGAGUACAAUAGCACAGAAUUAUAGAGUUAAUGUAGUAAUUCCUUGGCAUCUUUUUUCCUAAAGGUUUAGUCAUAAAUAAGGUAAACUUAUGUUUGAUUUUGCUAAUCUCAUUUUGCAUUAAUAAUUGUUCAAACCACAUAUAUACCUACUUCCAAUUGUUUACAGUAUAAAUUUCCUCUGGCUUCCUUUAGAGGCUCCUAACUCUCUUAGGGCCCAUAUGUUCAAGGAAAGUACGUUUAUGUGCUUCUAUCAAAGUAAUUAUUUCCCCCGGAAACAUUGACAGAGUCCCUUAGGCAUUCUCUUGUUAGAGAGAGGUUCUUUUUUUUACUACUCUCCGUAUAUUCCAGACCUUUUUCUUGAAAAUAGUUUUGUGUCUGAUUAUACUUAAAUUCUUUUUUUCCCCACAUCAGGUUAAAGUGUAUCAUUUCCCCCCAUUUCCUGUCUGAGCCAUGACCUGCCCCCCCUCACUGAGGAGGAAUACCUGGCUGCCUCCACUACCGCAAAUGCUGCUUGCUCCUUUGCAAUUGGACCGUCAUAGUGGUGGGAAGAGUGGGGUUUUUUGGCUUUUAAAUGGAUUCGUAGGGGGCCCAGACUAGUGGUAAAUUUUAGAUCCAUAUAGACCAGGGCAAACAGUUGCUAUUUUUCUCCCCAAACCUGUUGCCCUGAAAAAAGGAGAAAUGUAUAAAAUAUUGUUAGUAUUUUUAAGCAUUUUGUCAAGAAGAAGAAAUUCUUGCCUUGAUCAAAGAUGUGUGGUGCAUCUACAAAUGACUGGCUAGUGUUAUUUACACAAAAACUACUGUGUAGGAGAGUGCAUAUGGGGCCAUCAAUGUCUCCUGUGGCAUUGAGGCCAUAGGUAUUUUUGUGCCUUAGGGGACAUUGUUACAAUAUUUAAGGAAUGUAAACCAUAGGGGCGGGUGGGAGAGGGACCGUUUUUAGAGUGAUUCCCAGACACUGUCUUUAGUGCUGCUUUUCCUCAUUGCUUCUCAGCGUAGUCAGUUUGUUGGAGAGUGCAGUGGUUGGUGCCACUUACUGCCCUGUUUACUCUGGGUCACAAUUGGUUUUGAGACCACAGGGACGGUGCAGCCUUAAGUAUUCUUUCGUGCCGCCUUAGGGCAGGAAGAUCAGACACUUUAAUUUCUAGGGCAAGUCUCUAAGAUCUGAUAAUUGGGUAUUAGCUCUGUGUUCUGAUUUCUAAGGAGUUGGGAAUGAACUAGGGGGAGUUUACUUGAUCCGGUACUUCAGUCAGUCUGAGGUACCCGACUGCUAUUUUCCUUUUUAAAAGAGAAAAAAAAAAACUUAAACUGGGCUAAAAAAAAAAAAAAAUCCAUCAGUUGUAAUCUACUGUGUGUAAUGCUAUUUAUUAUUUAUAACUAUGUAAAAAAGUCUGUGGUGAUGAAUUAUAGUAUUUUUUUAUGAUUGAAAAAAUUUUUAUGUUCAGUAAUAAUUGCUGGCUUGUCUGUAUUUAAUAUGCAACAUUGCCUGCCAGAAUCAUAAGCUUCCAUUUUUUGAAUGAUUGUAAGAAAAAAUAAUUUUGUCUAAAAGUACAACUUUGUGUGUUUAAAAGAAAAUAGCACUGAAUUUUAAAGAAAGAUUAUGUGCUUUGAUGAUAAGCACAGACUCCGGCAAUACUGUAUGGCUAAGGAGGAAGGAAGAACGUUAGUUCUUUUCACUUAUAAUGGGGACUUAAUGAAGGUUGCAGUAGUCCUGUUUUAACAUCUUCUUUUGUGUUUAUUUUAAAUUGGAUAAGUAUAAGAAUAGCCAAUAGCGGCUUUGUUAUGUGUUAUUUUCACCUGUGGAGUCGAUAGUUUCCCCACCUCAAAUGUGUAUAUUGUAAAAUAUAGUCCCACAGUGUACCAUUUUUUAAAGAAUGAGCUCUACAGUAUUCAGUGUAUUCAUUUUAUUUGUAUAUGAACUAUGCUAUUUAAGAUUUCUGCCUGUACAAUAAUGACUAUUAGAUUGUUUUAACUUAACAGAAUGUUAAUCCAUAUUCACUUUACUGUCGUCUUUGCCUUAAAGGGACACUUUCAGGCUCUAAAUCGAGACUGACAUCACAUUUCCAUUCCUGUGGAUGUUGGUCAAAUUUCUUUUUGAAAUCUGAGUGAUUAAAACUGAGAUGACUUUGGAAGGAGAUUAUUUCCCCUGCAGAGUCCUGAGUCCACUUUAACAAUGUGAUGAGGACCAGGAGGUAAACUUUACGCUGUUUACUUCUGUUGUUUUCAUUAAGUGAAAUCAGUCGAUGGUAUCUAUUGAGCGCUUACUGUGUGCAGAGCACUGUACUAAAUGCUUGGGAGAGUAUAGUACCACAGCCUAAGUAGAAAUGAUCCCUGCCCACAAGGAUCCUGCAGACUAAAGGGAAAUUAGAUGAAAAUACUAUGAGCGGAUCUAAGGGGUGAAGAUUAAGUUGGUGUUAAAGCUGAAAAUUUUCAGCUAAUUUUAGCUAAUUUCCUGUAGAGGAAAGCUAAAAAUCUAAAUGAGUUUUGUUGACAGUGUCCCUUUAUUUUUCUGUGAAGUCCACUUUAACAUUUGAGAACUAUUGAUUGUCUGUUACAAAAUAGAGGUUGUUAUCCCCGUCCCAUAUGCUCAGUACCUCUGCUUGGAAACAUGGACAAGGGAUGAGAGAACAGCAGCCCCAUAGGAUCCUCUUGGCUGUUUUUGCCUGACUGACUUGCAUAAGUGAUGUGUCUCAUGAUUACUGUGUCUGGAGUGAUGGGGAAUGUCCUGUGAAAUGCUGGCCUUUGUAAACAUUAGAAUGCAAAUUUCAUAAAUGUGAACGCACAAACAUAAAA